AUGGAUACCCUCGUCGCACAGUACAGCAAGCCGAUGUUUGAGAAGGAGAACUACAACCAAGAUGACCAGGUGGACCUCUACAAUCCGGCUCCGAGCCUGUCCCUCAGGUUUGCCAUGCCACCUAUCGCGCAACCCUCAGCCUGGCUCCGAGCUGCAACCGACGACCAUGCCAACCCAAACUGCCCCAUCAAGAUCGCACAUGGUACGACAACACUAGCAUUCAGAUUCCAAGGUGGUAUUAUCGUAGCGACGGACUCCAGAGCAACGGCGGGCAACUGGAUUGCAAGUCAGACGGUUAAGAAGGUCAUCGAGAUCAACAACUGUUUAUUGGGUACAAUGGCUGGUGGUGCUGCUGACUGUCAAUACUGGCUCGCAUACCUAGGCAUGCAAUGUCGACUGCACGAACUCCGACACAAACGCCGCAUCUCCGUAGCAGCUGCCUCGAAAAUCCUUGCCAACCUCGUUUACUCCUACAAAGGAAUGGGCCUGUCUAUGGGCACAAUGUGUGCUGGCGUCACUCCUUCCGAGGGUCCGGCUCUUUACUACAUCGAUUCUGAUGGCACAAGAUUGAGUGGGAACUUGUUCUGCGUUGGAUCUGGACAGACAUUUGCAUAUGGUGUGUUGGACGCCGAAUACAGAUAUGAUUUGACCGAGCAAGAAGCACUUGAGUUGGGAAGCCGAAGUAUCCUUGCAGCAACCCACAGAGAUGCGUACUCUGGUGGUUUCAUCAAUUUGUAUCACGUUAAGGAGGAUGGAUGGGUCAAGCAUGGCUUCAGCGACACGAAUCCCAUUUUCUGGAAGACGAAGCUGGAGAAGGGCGAAUUCUCGAACGUCACAAGCGAGCUGGUGUAA